AAUAAUAGCAACUUAUUGUUUUGAAAAUGAUGAACCUGUUAAGCCAAAAGCUGGUUUCGAGCCAGACACAGCCUCACUCAGAGAGAAAGUUAUACUCAAUCCGGGUGAAAAAUGGCGUAUAUUGAAAAAUAUUAGCAUAAUUUCGUUUGCUUUUAUGGUACAAUUUACAGCGUUUCAGGGUACGGCAAAUUUACAGUCCUCAAUUAAUGCAGAAGAUGGUCUGGGUACCGUGUCACUCAGUGCCAUUUAUGCGGCUCUAGUUGUUUCCUGUAUAUUCCUGCCUACUUUAAUUAUUCGUAAAUUGACCGUUAAAUGGACCUUGGUAUUCAGUAUGUUGUGCUAUGCCCCCUACAUUGCCUUCCAAUUGUUCCCUAAAUUUUAUACAUUGGUUCCUGCUGGUAUUCUAGUCGGUUUGGGUGCUGCUCCUAUGUGGGCGUCCAAAGCUACAUAUUUGACUCAAGUCGGUCAAGUUUAUGCCAAAAUUACAGAACAGGCUGUGGAUGCUAUUAUUGUAAGAUUCUUUGGCUUCUUCUUUUUGGCCUGGCAAACAGCUGAAUUGUGGGGAAAUCUUAUCUCCAGUCUUGUGCUCUCUAGUGGUGCUCAUGGUAGCGGUGGCGGUGAUGCCAACAGCACUAUUUCCGAAGAAGAUCUCAAAUACUGUGGUGCCAAUUUCUGCGUGAACGGUGCCAGCGGUCACACCAACUUGGAACGUCCUCCAGAUCAUGAAAUCUUCGAAAUCUCCAUGAUCUACUUGUCUUGUAUCAUUGCUGCUGUGGCCAUUAUUGCCUUUUUCUUGGAUCCCCUCAAGCGUUAUGGUGAAAAACGUAAAGGCUCUCAAUCGGCUCAGGAAUUAUCCGGCAUGGAAUUGUUGUCGGCCACUUUCCGUCAAAUGAAGAAACCCAAUCAACAAUUGCUCAUACCCAUCACUGUAUUCAUUGGCAUGGAACAGGCUUUCAUUGGUGCUGACUUUACACAGGCCUAUGUAUCCUGUGCCUUGGGUAUCCAUCAAAUUGGUUUCGUUAUGAUUUGCUUUGGUGUCGUCAAUGCCAUCUGUUCGAUUUUGUUCGGUUCAGUGAUGAAAUACAUUGGUCGUACUCCCAUCAUUGUUUUGGGUGCUGUUGUGCAUUUCACCUUGAUCACCGUAGAAUUGUUCUGGCGUCCUAGUCCCGACAAUCCUUUGAUCUUCUAUGCCAUGUCCGGUCUCUGGGGUGUAGGUGAUGCUGUUUGGCAGACACAAAUUAACGGUUUAUAUGGUCUGUUGUUCAGACGUAACAAGGAAGCUGCCUUCUCCAAUUAUCGUCUCUGGGAAUCGGCUGGCUUUGUGAUCGCUUAUGCUUAUGCCACCACCUUGUGUGCACGCAUGAAGCUUUACAUUCUAUUGGCUGUAUUGACUUUGGGUUGCAUUGGCUAUGUCAUUGUAGAAAUUCUCUACAGAAAGAAGCAACGUAAAAUCAAGAAGCAAGAAAAGGCUGAAUUGGCUGAAAAAGAGAAAGAAGCUGCUGCUGCUAAAGCUGCUGCCGAGGCUAAUGUCAAUGGCACUCCAGAAGUUGAAGAAACCGAUGACGAAUUGGAUGAUCUCGAAGAAGAUAUUGUAGUCACACAUUUCUAAACAAAAAUAACAUUUCAUUAAAACACAACCACACAAACAAACUAACAAUUUUAUUGUUGAAAAAAAGCUGUUUAAAGCUUUUGUUAUAACAAACUACCACUUAUAACUUAGUAACAACAUAAAAGCUUUCCUAGGCUUUAAGCUUAGUUAUUACUAAAGUUGUAUUUAGAAAAUUUUCAUUAAAAUUUUUUGUUUUCUCAUAAAAAUCUAAUGAAAAUUUCCAAAAAAAAAAGAAAAAAGAAAAGUUUCGAAAAUUGUAUAUAAACUAAAAAAACUCUGUAAGAAAACAGAAACUUUUGUUAAAUAUUACUUAAGAACUAACACGAAAAAGAAAGAAAAAACAUGUGAAAGUGUACAAUGGUCUGUCCAUGGGGAAACAAAAAAAACAAAUAUUUCCAAAUGUCUCCAGAAACCACAAGCACAAAAA